AUGGAUUCUCUAAUAUCUUCUUCUUCGUCUUCGUCUUUCCGAUCACCAUUUCACCGCCAGCCUCGAAUUCCCACAAACACUCUCCCAAAACCCCUUUCGAAAAUCCCAUCAUGUCACCGAAUCACGCCACAUAUCCUGAGAUCAAAUUUCAAAACACUCCCUGCGGUUUCUCCGGCCCCGGCGGAAACAGAAUCUGCGGCGCCGGAAGAAGCGUCCGAGGCGGAGAGAUUCGAGUGGUACGAGCAGUGGUACCCGGUGUGGGCGGUGUGCGAUCUGGACAAGAGGAGGCCGCACGCGAAGAAGGUGAUGGGGAUUGAUUUGGUGGUGUGGUGGGAUCGGAACGAGAAUGCGUGGAAGGUGUUCGAUGAUAGUUGCCCUCAUCGGUUGGCGCCGCUUUCGGAGGGGAGGAUCGAUCAGUGGGGGAGGCUGCAGUGUGUUUACCACGGCUGGUGCUUUGGUGGCGCCGGCGACUACAAAUUCAUCCCUCAGGCGCCGCGCGACGGCCCUCCGGUCCACACGUCUAAGAAGGCGUGUGUGACCGUUUAUCCCAGUUGUGUUCAAAACGGCAUUGUUUGGUUCUGGCCAAAUCCGGAUCCGCAGUAUAAGGAAAUAUAUUCAACGAAGAAGCCGCAUUACAUCCCAGAACUCGACGAUCCAUCCUUUGCCUACGCGAUGACAUCAAGGGAAAUAGGCUACGGGUAUGAAAUCCUGAUUGAAAAUCUUAUGGACCCUGCUCAUGUUGCAUAUGCACAUUAUGGCGUGAUGGAGACAGAACAAGUGCCCAAGAGUUUGAAGGCCGAUAGAGAAGGAGGGAGACCACUAGAAAUGAGUGUGCAUAAAGUGGAUGUAAAUGGCUUCACUUCGAAGCAAAUAUUCGGGGAGAACAACUUCGUUGCGCCUUGCCUAUUAUACGGCUACUCCGCGCCAAAAAAAGGCCAGAUCACUAACAAGACAUCAUCCGAGGUGGUGUUUUUCCCCGUUCCCCCGGAGAAAAAAGCUAUGCUUGUUUUCUACUGCGUCCCGGUUAGUCCGGGCCAUAGCAGGCUGAUCUACGCGAUUCCUAGGAACUUUGGCGUCCGCAUGCAUCGAAUUGUCCCGCGUUGGAUGCAUCACAUUCUGCAGAACUUGAUUCUUGAUUCAGAUCUCUAUCUUCUUCACAUGGAGGAAAGAAAGUUAAGAAAUGUUGGGGCCCUCAACUGGCAUAAAUCUUGCUAUGUUCCGACAAAGUCCGACGCCCUUGUCGUGGCGUUUAGAAGGUGGCUGAACAAGUACGGCGGCGCACAAGUUAAUUGGAGAGAUAAAUACACCGGAGAGCUUCCGCCAACUCCUCCAAGAGAGCAGCUCUUCGACAGGUACUGGACUCACACUGUGGGUUGCAGCAGCUGCAGCGCAGCGUAUAAGCGUCUCAACGCGCUAGUGACAGCCCUUCAAAUUGUCUCGAUUGCUUCGACUGCAGCCGUAGCCACAGCCAAACAUGGUGCAAUCUCCACCGCUGCAAGGUAUUCUGUGGCUUCAGUGGCUGUGCUGAGCUUUUUGGCUUCAAAAUGGCUGUCCCAUUUCAUCCACAAAACUUUCAUAUGCCAUGACUACGAUCAUGCAUUCGUUUGAUUACUACUCCCUCUGUUUUCGAAUAGAAGUCCCAGUUGUCGGUUUUAAUAGAUUUGUUGAGUGUGUUGUGAGUGAAAUAAGUUUGUAGAAUAUGAAUCACGUCUGCUUAAUCAUUUUAUAGUGUUCAGUUUAAAUAGGUAGUUAUUCUCAAGUAGAGUGUCAAAGUCCCACUUGUUGGUUUUAGAGAAUUGAUUAAGUUUGUUGUGAGUGAAUUAUAACUUAAUGAAUAUGAAUAAUGUGUGUUUAAAUUA